AUGCCCUCCUUCUCAUCUUUUAGCGGCGCUACAUUCCUUCGGGCCGGUGGUCGAUCAUCUCGAUCAUUUUUCAUACCAAAAAGAACAUUAUCAACUCAUGCAUCGUCUUCUAAUCAAGUGAAUCAAAGAUUGGUCAUAGGAGCAAGUGUAGCCCUUGCUGUUCCCACAUACCUUUACCUCACAAGGGCUCGAUUGGAUUAUCAACCUGAUACCGUACCAGACAAGGUCGAAUCGGAUGUUCCUGAUCGAGUACAUGGUGCUAAAAACGGUAGAGAAGUUGAUAAAAUAAGUAGUAGAGAAGUACUUGAGAAGAAGGACAGUGAUGAGUUUUGGGUAGUGAUCAAUGGCGAGGUGUACAACGUCACAGAGUUCGUCGAUGAACAUCCUGGAGGAAGAGAGAUAAUAGAGAAUAAUCGAUCAAAAGACGUAUCAUAUAUAUUCAAUCCCAGACAUCCAUCUGAUCAGUUAGAACCUGAUAAUUUACCACCAUCAGUCAAACAUCUAGGUCAGUUGGAAAUCGAAUCAGCUUAUGAAAAAGAACAAUUACAAGUCAAGAUUACCAAAUCUGAAGAAGACGAAAAAAUUCGUAUACAAAAUAAAAGAGAUGAAUAUGAAGAAAAAGGUUUAUCCAAUAUUAUAAAUAUGAGAGACUUUCAAAGUGCAGCAGAAGAAUUAUGUACUAAAGUUGGUUGGGCAUAUUAUGCAAGUGCAGCAGAUGAUGAAAUUACAAAAGAAGAGAAUAACACAGAUUAUAAAAAAAUCAGAUUUAGACCUCGUGUUUUAAGAAGUGUCAAAGAAGUGGACGCUUCGACUAAAAUCCUUGGAUAUGAUAGUACGAUUCCAUUAUGGAUUUCGCCAGCGGCAAUGGCUAAACUGGGUCAUCCUGACGGAGAAAUCAACAUGACCAAAGGAGCUGCAUCGACUGGUAUCAUCCAGUGUAUAUCAUCAUUCGCUUCAUGUUCGAUUGAAGAAAUCACUUCCGCCAGAACCGCUAACCAACCAUUAUUCUUCCAACUUUAUGUCAACUCCAAACGAAACUUAGCCAAAGAUGUAAUAAGCAAGAUAAAUCGACUCGGUCUCAACGCGAUAUUAUUGACUGUCGAUGCUCCUGUGGGCGGUAAAAGAGAAAGGGACAUACGUGUCAAAGGAGAAUUUGAAGCUCCAAAAACCAAGGCUUUCGACAAACAAGGUGACACAAAAGGUGUAUCGGAGACCUUAUUCUCUGCCGUGGAUCCUGAUUUGAAUUGGAAUGAUCUCAAAUGGUUAAAAGAGCAAACUGAUUUACCAAUCAUAAUAAAAGGUGUUCAAACAGUCGAGGACGCUGUACAGGCUUAUAAACUAGGAGCUGAUGGAGUCAUCUUAUCAAAUCAUGGUGGUAGACAAUUAGAUACAACCUCAACCGGAAUAUCAACUUUAAUAGAAAUAAGAAAACAUGCUCCAUUCCUCUUAAGACCUGCUCAUCGAAUACCGACAGGACCAUCAAAAGAAUUGAUUGAAAAUCCAGAUAAAUUAGUUCCGUCAAUACCCACAACGGAAAAACCAUUAGAAAGGAAAUUUUCGAUCUUUGUCGAUGGAGGUAUUUGGCGUGGAACCGAUGUUGUCAAAGCACUUUGUUUAGGUGCAGAUGCUGUUGGUGUAGGAAGAGGUUUCUUAUUUGCUCAAACUGUCGGUGGUGUACAAGGUGUAGAGCAUGCCGUUAAGAUCUUCCAAAGUGAGAUUGAAUCGACUAUGAGAUUGUUAGGUGCCACUAAAUUGGAUGAUCUAAGACCAAGUAUGGUCGAUAUUGUAAAUUAA